AUGUCGUCCCCUUGGGAGAUUUCGCCUGAAGAACAUGCUGCGAAUAGGGUCCAAUUUAUUACCGCCGGCCCGCAAAAUGGCAAAUUGACGGCGAUGGCGGCGCGUGGAGUGCUCGUGAAAUCAGGAUUGGCACAGCAAAUCCUCGCACAGAUCUGGGCGCUAUCUGACCUGGACCGCGACGGCCAGCUCGACGAACGCGAAUUCUCGAUCGCGAUGAAGUUGACGAGGAAUGCGAUGGCGGGGAUGGCCAUGCCGCCGCAGCUCCCUCCUUCCAUGCUGCAGAUGCCCCAAAUGUCGAUGCCACAAAUGGUGCCCCCACUUCCAGCAAUGCCCCAAUACAACACAGCUCCGCCGGCCGUUAUGCAGAAUGCACUCAGAACCGGGUUUUCAGCCGGAACGUGGUCUACCGGUCGUCAGCUUGGUGACUGGUCGAUGCCGCACCAGAAAAAGCUUCACCAUGCCCAGCAAUUCAACCAGCUAGACAAGCAACGUGUCGGCUGGCUAGCGGGAAAUGUUGCCCGAAACGCUAUGGGGUUGAGCGGACUGCCGAUGCCCACCUUGGCGCAUAUCUGGAACCUUUCUGACGUAAAUAAGGACGGGCGCCUCAACGUCGACGAGUUCUGCAUUGCCAGCUUUCUCAUCGAGAUGCACAAGGAUGGGUACGCCCUUCCCGUGACCACACCUCCGGAGUUGGCUCAGCUUUGUGGCGGCGAUCGAAGUCAAGCGGACAGUCCACAUUUAGAACCGGGCGCUCCUCCACCUCAAAAGACAUCGACCCCGAAGACGUUUGAGGAUAAACGGAAGGACAAUUUUGACAAAGGGCAGGCCGAACUCGACCGCAGAAGACAGAUUUUGCAGGAAGAGGAAGACCGGCGUAAAGCCGAAAUCCAAAAGCGAGAACGCGAAGAAUUUGAAAAGAAGGAAAGGGAGAGGCUAGAGAAAGAGAGACGUGCUGAGGAAGAGCGGAGGGCGGAGGCUGAGAGACAGAGAAUUUUGUACGAACAGCGGAUGGAAGAGGAGCGGAAACGGGAAGAAGAACGGGAAGCCAUACGGAAAGAACAAGAAAAGGCUCGGAUGGUGGAAUUGGAGAAGACGCGGCUCAAGGAGAUGCAGACGGUCAAAGAGAAAGAAGCCGAACACACGGCACAACGCCUGCAGCGCCAAAAGACCCUUGGCUUCCAGCUGCAAGCCUUGGACGAAAAGGCGGUGGACGUCGAAUCGGAAAUUGGGCAGGCCAGGGGCCGAAUUGAGCUGAUUACAAAGGAGAUCGAAGGGAUGAGGGAGAGCCGCGAUACGAAGGUGGCCAGAAUACAACAGCUGCAGACGAAGCAUCAACAGGCGGCCGUGCGAAGCCAGGAGUUGGCCCACGCCUUGUUGCAACUUCAAACGGCCAACCGUGACACAACAGCACAAUUGGACGAAAUUGAGAGGACACAAAAGAAAGCAUCCGAAACUCGGGCUCUCCUCGAAAAGCUGCGUGGCGAGGUGGAAGAGGCCAAAGCACGAACGGCCGCCCAAAAUGGCAUUCUCGCACAGAAGCAAGAAGCCUACGCGGUCCAAAAACCCAAGUUCGAGGCGUUCAACGUGGACUACAAGGAGGGCCUCAGAUUGCUGCAACAGUUGCAAGCCGAAGCUAGGCAGAUGGUCGAAAAGAAGAGGCAAGAGCAGCAGCAGAGACAGGCUUCCAUCCAAUCCCCACAAACACACGAUGCAUUCGCUGCACAAGCUAACCCAUUUUCUGCCCAAGAAAACGGACAAAAAGAGUCGCACUCUCACGGCUCGUCGACAACUCUCCCAUCAAACACCACCUCCGCCGGCACCGUCAAAUAUCGGGCCAAGUUCGACUUCGAGGGCCGUUCCGAGGACGAGCUUUCCUUCCAACAAGGUGAAAUUGUGCUCGUUUUCGAAGGUCAUGCCUCCGAGCCUGGAUGGCUGGCCGGACAGAUUCGGAACAAGGUCGGCUGGUUCCCCGAAGCUUUUGCCGAGCCCCUCGCCCCGGUCAACACCAAUAUUACGCAGCCGAUUCAAUCUGUCUCCGAGGUGGUCGCCUCCCCAUCCCUGGAACGAAUUCAAGAAGAGGACGGGGCCCACGAGACGAUCGCGUCGUUGAUGCAAAAGACGAGGAUUGCCGAAGAACAGGCACAAGCGCAGCAACAACAACCAGCCUCAACCCCCGAGGCGAUUAUCGGCGUGGCAACGGCCCAAUUCGCGUGGAAGGCGCGGAAUGAAGGGGAUCUGAGCUUUGCGAAGGGAGAUGUCAUUCAGGUGAUUGAGCAGCAAGAGAUGAAAUGGAGAGGCAGAAAAACUGAUGGGACCGUCGGAUGGUUCCCGAAGAGCUAUGCGAAAAUGACGGCCGAGAAAACGGCUCCCCAGUCAAACGGCCACACUCAACAAGCCCCAGCCUACGAUGUACCCCCUGGCGACAUUCCCGCCACCACUAGCCAGCAGUCUCUCAACAAGCAAACCUCUCUACAAUCCUCUCACUCGAUCACCUCACCCCCACCAAUGUACGACGCCCCACCAGGUGAUUACGCCGCUCCCGCCUAUGAUACACCACCGGGUGAUGUCCCUUCAUCAACCAGCCAGCAUAGUCUGGCCGAAGCAGCUUGGAAAACGCCAGCCGGAGGUACUGGUGCUCAGCCGAACGGUGAAUGGUUUGUGGCCGUGUUCAACUUUGAAGCCGUCGAGGAAGGAGACCUGCCAUUGACGACCGGGGAUCGCAUUCUCGUGCUCGAGCAGAAGGAUCAAUGGUGGAAGGGCGUUUCCAACGGACGCGAAGGCGUCUUCCCGGCAAACUAUGUAGAGAAGGGCAGUGGUGCCGUGACGCCUGGAAAAUGCUCGGAGAGGGCCCGUGUCAUUGUCGAUUUCACGGCUUCAUCACCGGGCCAAUUAGCACUCCGGAAAGGGGAUACGGUGACUGUGACAGAGAAGAGUCGACAGGGAUGGUGGCAUGGAGAGGUUGUCAGGGAUGGCCAUUCAACGCAAGGAUGGUUCCCUGGCGACUACGUCGAGAGUAUGACAAAUGGCGUCACAUCCCCGAGCGGCACCCUGGCCAUCGCCCAGUUUGACUACGAGGCCACCCAGCAUGACGAGCUGUCGUUGAAGGUUGGCGACCGGGUGAUCGUCACACAUCGUCAGGAUGCGGACUGGUGGACGGGUCAUCUACAGAAUGUGCCAACCCAUUCCGGCGUCUUCCCAUCCGCCUAUGUCCAAAUCGAGGCCGGCAGUCCCGUUGAUGACCUCAGUCGUGUCGUGUCGGCCGGAACCUCCACACCACAUCACCCCGUCGCCUCGAAGGCCUCUAUCAAGAUGCAGCAGCUUGUCAAGGGGUCCCGUAAGCUGUUGCAUAGUGGAAUCCUGUGGAAGGCGCGAUCCGGGCGACAACUCGUCGCCAUCCUCUUUAACGACUUUUUAUUGCUAACUACACCGAGUGAAACUGUGGCCAAUACGAGCGGUUUUCGCCUUUCUCCCCAGUCCGAAUUGACGCUCACCACCUACCGUAGCCCACUGCUGUUGCACAGGUUGAUGAUCAACGAUCGAGAGACGGAGACUGAGGGGCAGAUCACCCUCAAGCAUGGCGACCACGACGACUCAUGCCAAUUCCUAUUCACCGAGAAGACGGGCAUGAUUCGACUGUUGCUGGUCGAGCCGCGGGUUUUUUGCCCGGAUGUGCCGUUGAUAGAAGAGACGGCGUUGCCCUUCCAAAAUCUCUUCAAUCAGGGCCCUGGUGGGGCAUUUGCCGUCCGGAAAGAAAUCGAUCUGUUGGCCAAUUCGUCAGCUUCGAAUACCAAACAACGCGCCGUUGCAACCAUUCGCUUUGCUCUUCACAUGUACAAGCCUGAUUUUUAC